AUGGCCAGGAAUAUUCCAAUAACGGCAAGAAGUACUCUCAUCAUCAUAGACAUCGCCAUCUUACAUAUCAUGUCUUCAAGCUUCGAUCAGUUUGUUACAAACGUUAUAAAUGGGAAUGGCAUGCUGCAUCAGGUUCUGCGUGACAUCUUCUUCAUGAUUCCUGACAUCCUGCAUGUGGCCCUGCCAUUGCUUGAACUCAAGAAGCUAGCCCGUUCACGCAAUGUUCCAACAGCCUAUGUCAUAUCCAACCGGGAGUUCUUUUGUUCGGUGUCACUUGUGAUCUUCGGCUGGUUUGUCUGUCUGAUGCUUUAAAAAAGGUAGUAAGGCAUGCAGUUACUCUGAUAUUUGAUGGGUUUGGAUAAAUAUGAUUGUCAUAUCUGGUCUACUGUAUGAUUUUUUCAUGUAUUUUAUUUUAUAUAAAUCUAUACACACACACGUGCACACUGACAUGUGCAUUUAAACACAAAUACAGAGAGAUAGAUACAUACAAACACAUAUCAAAAAGCAUGUACUUUCUCAGUCAAUUUUGUAAAUAAAGGGGUUUUCUUCCCUACCUGUAUCACUGUAUCAUCUAGUGUUCCAGAGGAGAGAAAGGACCAUCUAUUUUAUCCUUCAGGACCACCUUAUCUUUUUAGCAGGCAUAUUCACUUGCUGGUGAUCCAUGGGUUAGAAGAAAAGGGUGUUUCUAAGCAACAAAUGCAAGUUAAAUCUCUGGGGUAUUCAUUUGUAUUCAUAUUUAUGUUGUUAAGGUUCAUGAGAGCAUUUAAAGUGUGUGUAGUUUAUAGUGUGCACCCUUGUGCUGGUUCCAUUAAAAUUAUUUUUUGUG